AUGAUCAUUCAAAUGAUUGGUUGCCUUAUAAUCUGGAACACGCUUACUGCUGUUUCACUUGUAGCACUCUUCCUUGAUACUGGAUUAUGCGCUAAACUAAUUGCACUUACUCCACUGACUUUGACUAUCUCGUUUCAUGUAUUCAAAAAUUCGAACGUUAAAGAGUCGAAUAAAAAAACGUUUUUUGCUAAUUUCAAACUAGGUGGACAUCGAGGAUCGCCUUUAGAAGCACCAGAAAACUCUGUAGAAAGCUUUAAAAAAGCAAAAGAGGCCGGUUGCGAAGUGGUUGAGUUCGAUAUUCAUUUAUCGUCCGACGGCAUCCCAGUGCUCAUUCAUGACGACACUACUCAACGUACAUCUCGAGAAAAUGUUACUAUCGCUGAAACAACAUUUGAUGAGAUCAAGCAUAUCCCGCUUAAUGAAGUCAAGGGAAUAUCCGCCGGUAUACCAACGUUAGAAGAAACGGUGGACUGGUGUCAGCAAAACAAGAUGAGGAUGAUUUUCGAUGUAAAAUGCGCAGAGAAAAGGAUGAUAGAAGCACUAACACAUUUGAUCAAGACAAAGAACCUUUAUGACAGUGUCAUAAUAUCAAGUUUUGAUGCCAUGGUGCCGUAUCUGAUCAAAAGGAUAGACAGCAAAAUUCUCACAGGAUUUACAAGCCGUGUGGAUAAUUAUGUUUAUUAUGAUGAUGACAGAACUAUGACGUAUACUUCUACCACUGAAUAUUACUUGUACAGCAUACUGGACGAUUUAAUUGAAUUAGGAAUCAGAUUGUUUGUUCUCCCAGUGUUUCUAGGAGUAGAUAUGCUUCUCCUACACUACAAGAAUAUAAAUGGAUAUUUGGUUGACGAUUCUCUUUCCUUUGGCAUUCAUGUAGUUGCCUGGACGGUAAAUGACCAAGAAACAGCUAAUUUUUUACGUUCCAUGAAAGUCCCGAUUUUGAGUGACCAGCCUCAAAAUUUAAACGAUAACAAGCAAACAACACAAGUUUAA